GGGGCUGGGCCUGGCUGGGAUCAGGGCCUUAUUGUCAGAGGAGGAGAGUGGGGGAAGGAGGAGAGCGAGGUCUGUGCUGUAGGCAGUUAUAGGGCCGACCUACAAAUAGAGGAGACUAGUGAACUCUCAGAGAGUGACAGCAGAGGGGGGGAACGGUUGGGAGCGAGUGUGUCUGGAAACCUAAUUUUCCCUCCUGACCUGCUCUGUUCAUCCCCCCAGUCUCUCCCCUCCCCUCCCAGUUCUACCUUUCCUCACCUCCUCCACUUCUCCUCUGAGGAGUUGGCCUAUGCUCCAGGGAUUGAAGCCGAGACGUUCCCGGAGGAUCCCACCUUCACAGAGAGCCUUCCGGAAUCCCGCAGCAGCCGGAUGAGCAACGCCCCCAGGCCUCAUUGGCCGCUUGAGUCAGGGGGGGAGGAUCUCAAGCCUAGGACCUCCCCUUACCCAGCAGCUAUCUCUCCUGCGUGUGGGAUAUCUUACCAACUCAGCGAGAGAAAAGAGAGGGGUGGAGAGAGCCCACAGGAUGAGGCAGGUGUUAACCAUCGGCAACACCCCUAUCCGAGGAAGAUAAGACAGAGCUUAUCUGACACCCCACAAGCCAUGGUUUGUUCCUCUCAGAAAUCCUGGCAUGUACCCUCACAGUCCCCCCUUCACAGCAGCACCAAGGACUGGAACCACCAGACCCCCAGGGAGAGCCCCCCAAACCCCAACCCAGGAGUCAUGACCCUGACAUGGACGAGGGCCGAAGAGGCCCACUGACCUACCCCACCCCAGACUUCUCCAAGGUAGAGCCCAGGGUCCACUUCCCUAAGAGCGGCUACACCCCCCCCAAGAGCAAAGGCUCCCCCAGAAAGAGGUCUCUGUCAGUGGAGCCCCCCCUGGUGUUCAAGUCCCCUGCUGACAUAGUGAGAGAGGUGCUGCUGAGCAGUACAGACGGACCCCAAUCCCCCUCUCCGCCCAACGGGCCCCGCAGGCCCCUGAAAUCUAUGGUGCCAGAGGAUUUCAGAUGCCCACAACAGGCCAGCACUCUGGUACAGCAGCUGCAGGAGGACUACAACAGGCUGCUGACCAAGUAUGCUGAGGCAGAGAACACUAUUGACCGGAUGCGUCUGGAAGCCAAGGUGAGCCUCUACUCUGACCCUCCCAAGCCCAGUCACGCUGUCCAAUCAGGUGUACUCCAUGAAGGGUCAAAGGUCAUGACCCUAACUUUUCCCCACGCUCAGAGGGCGGAGCUCAGCUCAGGCUCUGUUUACCUAAAUGGACAGGCUGCCCAACAAGGACAUAGUGGAGUCUCCUCUGUCUGUCCCUCUUCUGCGGCCUCCUCAUCCCCCAGAAGCCUGGGCCCUGGAGUUGGAGAGCAGGUGACCAGGGCUCUCUCAAAGCAGGCUGAGAGGUUCCUCCAGCAGGUGCAGACAUUUGAAGAGCUCCUGAGGAGAGGGAAACUUAAACCGUUUGAGCAGAUGAAGGGUUUGUCCCAGCUGCUGCAGGGGCAGGAUUCUCUGGAAAGAGGUUAUCUAGCAGCACGAGACGAACACAGACUUCUACUGCAGAGAGGGGCCGAGCUGGGCCCCUUUGACUCCGGCAGGGAGUUGGAGGGCCGUAUAUUCCAGUGUGGGAUGCGUGUGGAGGAGCUCAAGGAACAGGUGGAGCAGACUGAACAGGACCGGCCCACCUCAGAAGCCCCUCCCACUCCCACUCCACCUCCUCACCCCACCCCCUACUCCAUGCCUGCAGGGGGUAGCGAGCCCAUGCCACUCCCUGAGAGCCCAGUGUUACCUCUGCCAUGGGAGUCUGGGGUGGGGGUGGAGGUUAGCUCGGCCAGCGGAGAGAGCGAGGGAGAGGAGGGAGGGAUGCCAUCCCUGCUCCUACAUCCCUUACGUCACGAACACAAACGCGUAGAGAGAGACUUCAGCAUGCUGAUGGACCACUACCAGAGUUUCAGGGAGCUGCCCAGACUGCUAGACCUGGAUCUGACAGAGGGAGACCAUGACUCUCCUGACGCAGGAGAGGGAGCCACACAUUCAGGUGGUGAGGGGACAAGAGAGGGACCACACCCAAGGACAGGGAGGGAGAAGGGCCACACAAGUCUCGCUCAGAGACGGCCAAUGCAAGGUCAGCAGGACGCUGCAUUCAUUCCAACGGCCAGACCAAGGACCAGCAAAUCACUUCCUCCUUCCCCAAAGGACCUCAGCCAAUCCACUGCAUUUACUGAUCUGCUGGCCAAUGACAGCAAGAGGUCCGAGGUCAGGAAGUCUCAUGGCAGCAGUCUGACCAGUUUGGGGGAGAGUGCUGCCUCAGAGAGGCGAGGCUCCAAACUGCAGCCUGGGACCAGGAGAGUGCCGUCACAGGAUGGGAUCAUCUCACCAGAGACUGACAGUGGUUUUGUUGGCUCUGAAAGCAGUCGUCUGACUCCUGCAGCACCUAGUGCUCUCCACCAGAGGGCCAUAGCGAGCCUGUCAGUCCCUGAGGAGCAGAGCCCAGGGAAGCCCCACCACACAACCCCCGUGUCAGGGCAGCCUCUCCCCUCUUCCUGCACCCCCCCACACAGACCACAGAGACCAACCUUGCUGGAGCACUGUGAAGGCUCUCAUCUGAGCACCCCAAGGCAGGUACGGGGGUCUUCAGGGAGAACCAGAGGGGAGGAAAGGAGGGGCAUCUCAGCCUCCAGUUCCCCCCAGCACAGGGCCAGCAGGACCCCCCAGCCCUGGGCUGGCAGUGGGACCAGUGAGUUUGGACCAGACAGUGACCACAUCCACUCUGUGUCAGGGGAGGAUGAGGGACGAAGUGACGGUUCCACCCGAACGACCCAGCAUCGCUGCCAGCCAAACCCCUCCCCCACUGCACCCUAUCACCAUGGCGAUCCCCUCCGAGCCCUGAGCUCUGGUCUGCUGACCAACCGCAAUGAGGCCAUCCAGUCCCUGCAGGCGGAGGUGGGCAGACUAAAGGAGCGACUAGAGGGCAGUCUGAGACAGACCAACCCUCCCAGUCCUGUUAGAGCGCCCCCCUCAGCCCAGGAUGGCCACACACACUCGCUCAGCUCAACACCUCGUACCAGGUCUGCUCAGCGAAGGAGGGAUGGUGGUAGAGAGGAGAGCAGGGAGGAGAGGAGGUGGGGUGAGGAGCAGCAGGUGGAGGAGAGGUCUCCCAGGUUGACUCCUAGAAGAUCAGCCUCUGUACCCAGACAGAGACCUGAACUGGACAUUACGACAGAGUCGGAGCAUUUCCAGUCUACACCCAGACUUCGGUUCUCCAGGCGUAUCCCAGUGUCCCCUGCAGCGUGGGGAGGCAGCCGUGGCAGAGCAGAGACCGUUAGGAACAGCGGAGCCCACACAAGGCAGCAUGUCAGUAUGUCUGUAGGUGGAGAUGGUGGUGAUAAACCUGACUGUAGAGGGAGGCAGGCCCCUGUGUGUCCACAAUGUUCCCCACAGACACACAGCCAUGGACACUCUACACGACCAGACGGGGGUGGUGGUGACACUGAGCCUGUCCACAGUCACACUGGUCUUCAUUCUCACCACUGUCCUACGUGUGGAAGGUCUCAGACGUACCGGAGCACAAGCACGAAACACGACCGACGGACAGAGAGCGACUCAGGUCCCGCCCACAGAGGCAGCUGGCCAAUGAGCUCCCCCCACGGUGAUAUGAGAGGCGUGUACUUUGCAGCGCCGCCCCCUCCUGUGCUGGGCAGUGUGCCGCUGGUUCAGUGUGUGCCAGUGUGCCCACCAGUUCUGUACUACUCCAGCCCUGUGAUGAAUGUAGCUCCAUCCCAGCCCCAGCCCAUCUACGUGUCUCUGGGUGGGGGUGUGGCCACUGGGGUUAGGGGUCAUCAUGAGCAGGUCCGAGGUGGAGCUGGCCAUUCCCUGUCUGCUGACCAGCGCUCUCUGAGCAGCUCUCUGAACCAUGCCAUCGAGGCGGCCAGGGGGAUGAGGGAGGCCUCUCGACGCAUGGCCCGCACCAUCGCCACCGGACUGCACCACCAGGAGGCGCUGUCACAGUCCUGCAUGUACUGAUGGACCAGACCAGACACACACACCGGGGGUUGUGUUCAUUAGUGUACACCGUAGCAAAAAUGUUUUGCAACUUAAAGGAGAACAAGCGUUUCUUAUUGGAGACGUUCAGGUACUGGUAGUCCCUCCCCGUUUCGGUCUGUUUUCUUCCGUUUGGGGUCUAGUGAAUAUGACCCUGGCAAGUCUUUGGACCAGCCACUCUGUACUGACAUGGACAUCUCUAAAUGUGAAGUUAUUGUACUGUGCACCUAGUAUAACAGUUCGGUAUUUGGGGUAACAUGAAGCAAGUUCCUGGGUACAGAUCCUGGGGCCUCAAGCCAGUCAUUCAGCUGCAGGUUUCUUGGUUGCAGGGAGUGAGGAACUACAGACCCUUGACAUCAGUAUUUGAUCAUCACCCAGUGGCUCAGCACUGAUAGGAAAGUAGGGUCUACAAACUGUACUUUAUACAGGUUACUACAGGUUACAGCUUUAGAUGAAAGGUGGAGUGGCUAUGUUGCGAUCUCAGGUAUCAUAUAGAAACAACAUUUGUGGGAUCUGGCAGCUUAAGUGGACAACAGUAGCAGUUCAUCUCGUACUCAUAAAAAUGCACUAGAAUCUGCAUAUUAAUGAUUUACGUUUCGAAAUAACGGACAUCUGCACAUGUUUAGUUUGCUAUGAAACCUGGAAUUAGUUUUGGAUGUUUGUUUUGUUACAUUUGUACAAUGGAUGUGAGACAAAGAAAUUAAAUUGCUGCUAUGGAUCUUCAGAUGAGAUGAAACAUUCCCACAUUUUACCCUAAUUUAUUGAUUUUAAAUCAGGGUUCCUCAGCUGGCGGCCUGCAGGUGGUUUAAUUUGAAAUGUUUUUUAUCAAACAUAUCCGUUUCAGUUUGCAGUCUACCAUUGAUUUGGAAUUAUAUUCCCGACCUUUCGCUCAACAAAAAAGAAAUCGUGGCGCGGCUGAAUCAAGUUGAUGAUCCCUGUUCUAAAUGGUUUGUUUCAAUUUUAUUCUUCAUCAUUUGUGUAAUAAUGAGUUAAUAACGUUAGUAAUUGGUCGUAUUUUUAUAGGUGUCUUAGUUUGUGUUAAACACAAAAAUGAGACUUUAGGUAUACACAUUUCUAUGAUUUCGGAAAUGCAGAUUUAAAAAAAUAAUAACCUGUCUUAUGUACUUUGAUUAUCAAAUGAUUGUUUUUUAACUAAUAUUUUUGUAGCAAAAUAUUUUUAUUUUUACUUUGAAGCCAAAUAAAUGUUUUUGGUGAAA